CAGAUGAUGUAUUAAAAUUGAUGGCCUCAUUUCAAUCGGCUGAAACUAGUUGACGUUCCCACAAUCCAAAUAUCGGCAAGUCAACCUACAGUUAAGGUUUAGCUAGAACGUCAGGUGGUCGCAAUUGUUUUCUUAGUUUCUUUCCACUUUCCAGUUGCUGCGUGGGGCGGGGUUUCACCAUUCGCCUGGGGUAGAGCCGGUUUACCUGGAGCAACCUUCAACAAAACCAAACUGCGUAGAUCGUGGGCCCCGAUUUCAUUGCUUGCAGUUGUCUAAAAAUCUCGCAACUUGAGUUUGAUCCAGGGACCUGGUUAAAACGGUCUCAUCCUUUCAGGAUUUCCAUCUGUGUUUUCUUAAAAGGGAAGAUAACAGAUCACAGUGGUCCAACCUUGGUGAAGAGUGAAGACUGCAAUAAAUUUUUCUUCCACCAGGAAGAAGAAGCGCCCGUGUUGUAAUGGCUACCAAAAUGAAGGCAAUAAUUCCUCCUGUCACGAUUUUGCAACGUCCGCCUUUCACUAGUCGCGACGAUGGCCAACAAUUGAUCCGGACAUCUGUUCGCACAACUUCUAGCCGGCCAAAAUUUUCCAUUCGUUCCAAAAAGUCGGCAUGUAAAAAUUCUAAAAAAGUUAAAAAAACAGAUAAAACUCAGCGUUCAACAUCUACACGACAACCACCAGCUUGGGAUGCAUUUGAGCAAUCAGAUCCGCCUAGUGAAAACGCGAAAAAAUUGAAAACUAAAACUAAAAAGAGGAAGAUAUCGUUGAAGAUUGUGAGAAAAGCUGGCCAACGUAUCGAAUGGUUGCUGAAAAAAGGUGCCAAUUACUUUGGAAUAGCCAUCAUAAAAAUCUUCAAUCAGCCUGGAUUGUACACUGAAGAGUCACGUACGUGUGUCUGCUAAUUCAAUGAUAAUGGUAUGCAGUUUCUCAUCAAAGUGGUGUACAGAAUACAGAAUACCUUCCUAAAUUUCCCCUAAACCCAUUGCACCACCGAUCAAACUCUGUCAGGAUUUGAUCGUCCCUGUCAGCUUGAUUGUCUAAAAACGCUGUGAAUUAUGCCUUAACUUUGAAACGCCUUGUGAAUUGUACGUUUCGUUUUUUUUUAAUGUCUUCCCUAUUUCCAUGGAAAACCACACACACAAAUGACGACAUUCUUUUUACCUUCGCUUGAUUCGUGCCUUUUUCGAACGAGGAUUCCACUUUUAAUGCCAUUUGGUUCCUUGUUGAAAAUUUUUUAUCGUGUAAAUGUAUAUUUCGGAAUCAAUCGAAUGAUUUUAUAUAUGUCGUCGAGAGUAAGGAAAAAGGGAACAAAUUUUAAUACAAUUCAAUAAAACAAA